CUUGACCACACAAGAAGACUCUGCACGCACUCUCCAUCAGCCAUGUCUCUUUGCCUUUCCAGUGGUCCCAGGAGAUCUUGCUCCCGGCCCACAACAGGCUCUGUCCGGCUCUCUAGUGGAGGGUCAGGCUUUGGGACUGGAAGUGCAUGCGGAGUGACUGGCAUUGGAAGUGGCUUUUCCUGUGCUUUUGGGAGCAGCUCCACUGUAGGAAAUGGUAGCACUUCCUGUACUAGCUUCUUGGGGAGUGAAGGAGGGCUUCUGUCUGGCAAUGAAAAAGUGACCAUGCAGAACCUUAAUGACCGCCUGGCUUCUUACCUGGAUAAUGUACGUGCUCUGGAAGAGGCCAAUGCUGAGCUGGAGGAGAAGAUCAAAGGGUGGUAUGAGAAAUUUGGUCCUGGAUCUUGCCGGGGGCUUGAUCAUGACUACAGCCGAUAUUUACCAAUAAUUGAAGAUCUUAAGAAUCAGAUCAUUGUUUCUACCACCAGCAACGCCAGUGCAGUCCUACAAAUUGAUAAUGCCAGGCUCACCGCCGAUGACUUCAGACUGAAGUUUGAAAGUGAACUGGCUUUUCAUCAAAAUGUUGAAGCUGAUGUUAAUGGGUUGCGAAGAGUCCUGGAUGAGCUGACCCUGUGCCGAACGGAUCUGGAGAUUCAGUAUGAAACUCUGAAUGAGGAGCUGACUUACCUCAAGAAAAACCACAAAGAGGAGAUGCAAGCUCUCCAGUGCGCUGCUGGAGGAAACGUGAAUGUGGAGAUGAACGCAGCUCCAGGGGUGGAUCUGACCCUUCUGCUGAACAAUAUGAGGGCUGAGUACGAGGACCUGGCUGAGCAGAACCGCAGGGAUGCUGAAGCCUGGUUCAAUGAAAAGAGCGCAUCCCUGCAGCAGCAGAUUUCGGAUGAUGUGGGAGCCACGACUUCAGCGCGCAAUGAACUGACCGAAAUGAAACGCACCCUUCAAACCUUAGAAAUUGAACUUCAGUCUCUCUUAGCCACGAAACACUCUCUUGAAUGCUCACUGACCGAGACAGAAGGGAACUACUGUGUGCAGCUGUCACAAAUCCAAGCCCAGAUUGGGGCUCUAGAGGAGCAACUGCAGCAAGUCAGGACUGAGACCGAGGGCCAGAAGCUGGAGUAUGAGCAGCUCCUGCAUAUCAAGGUCUAUCUGGAGAAGGAAAUUGAAACCUAUUGCCUCCUGAUUGAUGGAGAUGAAGGAGCUUGCAAAUCUGGAAGUUACAAGUCUAAAGAUCUUGGAUCUGGAAAUCUGGGAAGUCAAGCUAAAGAAUUGGGCAAAGCCAUCGUGGUGAAAAAGGUGCUUGAGGAAAUUGACCAACGAAGCAAAGUUCUCACUACCAGGCUCCAAUCUCUGGAAGAGAAAGUCCCAAACAAUUAAUCGGAGAUGAGAAACAGCGGGUCUCAUGAUCAAGGCCUUAAAGAAAAGGAAUUGAGAAACCAUCUGGAUAUAUAAUCAACUCUAAGAAAAGAAAAAAAAAUGUAGUUUUCCUUUUAGUUUCUGAAAUGUAGCUUCUUUCUUUUCAAUAGGUGUGGCCAAGUUUGCUUACACACACACUCACACACAUACACACACUCACACAUUCAUGGAAGGUAGCAUCAUCUGGCAUAAGAUCAUUUGAAGCAGCUCCACCUACAACCAUGUCAUUGGUGGAGGUCAAAGAUGAUGAUGAUGACCUCAUCUGUUAGGAUUUCUUAGUACUCAAUAAACUUUCUCUUGCAAGUUA